AUGGCGCCACUCAAAUACUUUCUUCCGAUCCUUCUCCUCUCCGUCGACGGAGUCGUCUGCGGGAAAGGAGUCAAGAACCCAGAAGACAAAACACACCUUUUAAGCCCCGAAUCUCCUGCCGGAUCGCGACCUGGAACUGGCCCUCCCUCCCUCUUGAGUUCAGACUCGGGCUCAGGCUCUGGUAAAAGCAUGCCUGCUGCACAAGGCCCAUCAAACACAGGCUCCUCCGCCGUCACCCAAGAGCAGUUCCAGAAGCUGUUCGGCGUUGCUCUCGAUCCUGUCGCGGCUGACGAUCCAAUGGCAACGGGGAGUUGUGCGAAAUACAAGGACAGAAUCCUCACGGCGUAUAACGAAGUCCUCGCCAUGGUUCGUGAAGGUGUGGAUGCCGUGGACGAGCUGGGGAUGGUAGGCCGGGGUGGUAGGAAGGAUGAGGGGAAGGAUCGGUACAAUGCGUUGAUGGGACCGUUCGAGGCGAUGUUCGGAAUCCAGGAUAAGACCAAACAAGCCGAUGAUUUGAGGCAGGUCAAGGCAAACGACGAAUCGGUCUUGACCAAGCACCAACUGAAUGUGGCCGAGAAAGGGCCCAGGUGGCAGAUUCGAUGCGGCGAUGACUUCUUGCAAUGGAAGGAUGCCAAUCAACCAUAUCUCGAAACGGUACACUCGGGCAAGUUGAACAAGUGGACUCCAUCGCACCCGGGUCAUGGCAAGUCUAUCUUUCCGAACGGCGCCUGGUAUGCGCCGAACAUGCCACCAGAGCACAUUCUCCUGACUUCAAAUGACGCCGUCGGGGCUAGUGGCCCCGAGGCAGGAAGCAGCAGCCUCAAGAGCAAACUCAAAGGCAUAGGCAAGGGGAGCAGCAAAGCCAAAGCCAAAGGCAGCAUCUGCGACCAGCCUGGUACGUAUGCGGUCUCGUUCCCAAAGGCCGGCCUUUUGGUCUUCUGCCAAAGCAUUCUCAAACUCGACAAGGCGAGAUCUUCCUCCGAGCAAACCCCUAAGGAAUGGUCCCUGGCGGCCGUCAACAGGAACAUUCAUGAGAAUACGGGCUUCAAUGAAUUCAUGCCGACUAUCGCGCACAUCUGGCUGCAUCAUGUGUUUCACUAUGCUUUGCAGUGGACCGAGGGUACAACCACAGACCUCCCCUCGUCCCACGUCCUCGGCUGGCCCGCCGCACAAGAAGUCGCCAAAAAGAAUCAGAAGCAAGCCUUGAAAUCUCCAGAGAACUACCCCGUCUUUGCCGCUGCCAUGUACCUUUCAGACUGGCGUUGGGGCGUGAACGGUCACGUCGUUGGCAAGAUCCAAGGCCAGGCUCCAACCGCGGGGUCGAGUGGAAGUUCCGCCCAAAGUAAUCCCUUCAAGGACCCAGCGGGCGAGAAUCCGUUCCAAGACCCUCCAAGUGCAGAUGGCAGUGGAAGUCAUAGUGGCAGCUCGGGGAAUGGAGGAGGACAGCAUGUCAGGCGGAGGUUCCAGGCUUGA